CCUGCCCCUCCCUGCCUUGUCGAAUGUAUCGUAACGUUCCGAAUAGUUUAUUCUUCUGCUUAGUCUCUGGUGAUAUCAUUUGAAGUCACACUCUAUUGCUAUUCUCUAUCUGCCUUCCUCACCUCCGACAAGCUUUCUUCCUCUCCCUCUUUUACCAUAACCUUUUCUGUUUUCCCUAUUCAUCAAGAUGUACAAUCCACAUUCAGCGUGCAAAUUUUUCAGUUGUUUAGCAACCCAGAGUUUCUAUUAGGGGGGGCUUGUUGUUGCUGCCAAGUUAUCGUAUUUAUGGUUCUACAUUUCUUGGAGUGGGCGAAAGUCAUUUAUUUCUGCAAAGGUCAAAACUUGCAAAUUAAACUUCCUUGUAUUCCUUGCAAAGACUGGAAAUUGCAUAUGAAAUGCUCUGGGGCUAGCAUGUUCUAAGCCUCUAGCAAUAUGAAAGACGAUCCAGGUUUCUGGGUGGAGGAAACUAAUGAUCAGUUCUCCUUUCCAUUAAAAAGAAAAAGGAGUUUUAAAUCAAAAAAAUUAGUAUUUGUUGGAUGGGGAUCCAAACCUUUGAUUGAAUUUCUACAAUCAAUUGGUAGAGAAACUAGUAGAGAGUACUCUAGGCAUGAGGUGAAUGGCAUUAUCCUUGAUUAUGUAAAUUCUAAUAACCUUCUUAAUCCACAAAAGAAGAAGAGAAUCUUAUGUGAUGAAAGACUUAAGACUCUUUUUGGAAAGAAAUCAAUUCCUAGGAUAAAGAUUUAUGAUUUGUUGGAAGUGCACUUCAUUGAGAAUCGUGAUGACUCAGAUGAAGAAAACAGUUCAGCACAGGAGGAUGCAGAAGAGGAGGAUGGUUAUUUGGUAUCAAAGGAAAGGAAGACAUCAAUACCUCAAAAGAAGAAAGUCCAGGAGGCUCCCAAAAGCUGUUUUGCAGCACUGACUUCUCAAAAUAUUAAGCUUAUUUAUUUGAAGAGGACCUUACUUCAGAGUCUCUUGAAGAGCGAUGAGAGCUUUGAAGAUAAAGUAGUGGGCAGCUUUGUGAGGAUCAAAUCUGAUCCAAAUGAUUUCCUCCAGAAAAAUUCUCACCAGCUUCAGCAAGUUACAGGUGUCAAGAAGACAUUUGGGUCUGGAGAUGCUGGUUUGGAAACUUACCUUCAGCUUUCAAAUUGGACAAAAGAUGUUCUCAUAUCUUCAUUGUCGGAGGAUGACUUCUCAGAGGCAGAAUGUGAGGAUUUGCGUGAAAGAGUAAAAGCUGGCCUGCUCAAGAGACUUACUGUUGUGGAGCUUGAAUUAAAGGCCCAUGAUCUACAUGAGGAUAUCACCAAACAUUGGAUUGACAAAGAAAUCAAGAUGUUACAAAGGCGCAUCGAUCACGCGAACGAAAAGGGAUGGCGGAGAGAAUUGUAUGAGUACUUGCAGAAAAGGCAGCUGCUCAUGACAAAAAGUGAGCAAGAAAGAUUGUUGUCAGAGAAGCCAAAGGUAGUAGCUGAAGAACUAGAACCUGAAGCCACAAAGGCAGGUGCUUCAGAAAGAGAUGAAGAAAAAAGUGGCUCUCCAGAACCUGAGCAGACUAGACUUUUUGGUGAGAAUCUAAAGGUAGAAGCUAAAGAACCAGAAAAGGAAACUAUGCCGUUGGAUGCUCCAGAAGAACCAGAAAAGGAAACUAUGCUUUUGGAUGCUCCAGAAGAACCAGAAAAGGAAACUAUGCCUUUGGAUGCUCCAGAAAAACCAGAAAAGGAAACUAUGCCUUUGGAUGCUCCAGAAAAACCCGAAAAGGAAACUAUGCCACCAUUGGAUGCUUCAAAAGAAGUGGGAGCAGUCAAGUGCUUCUCAGGAUCUACACUUAGGGGGCCUUCUGAUUUACUUGCUGCAGGGAUGGCCCUUAGUCUGCAAGUUGCGACAAGCCCAACAAGAAACUUGUAUUCUUCUUUCAAAGAAGCAGCGAAGGAAUCUGUGGUCAUUGAAUUGAGUGAUGAUGAUGAAGAUGGUGAUAUCGCAAAUGGCAAUCAACUAGUCAGUCCGUGCCCACGCCCUGUAGAUGAAAAGGUAUGGUACUACAUGGAUCCUCAAGGUGUAGUUCAGGGCCCCUUUACGCUAAUCCAAUUGCGUGAAUGGUAUGCAUACUCUUACUUUCAUCCUAAAUUUUGCGUCUGGAAGGCUGGGCAAGGCCCGCAACAACCGGUCUUGCUGGUUGAUGUGCUUCGCCGAUAUUCAAUGAUCUAAUGGUUACAUUCUUGCAAGUUGUAACCACCCUCCCCCAUACAGAAGUAGAAAAACUUGCAUUUGUUGGAUUAUAAAUUACUUGAUUAAAGUUUUUUCUUUCUGUUCCUGUUUUUGUAAUAGACAGGACAAGAAUGAAGUUUCGGACAAUGUGAUCUCAUCUUUACAUACAUGCUCCUUUGUUCAGUUGAGUUUUAUUUUAAUUUUAAUUAUUAUGUUUAUUUUGUAAA